AUGCCCUAUUCAUACUUCAUUUACGAGCUUGCCGGUCAAGAGGAUCUAGUCUGGCUUGCACUAGAAAAUUUGGCCGUAGGAUUGUCGCUGGCUCUCUUUACGUUGGCUCUUAUUUAUUGGUACGUGGAUUUAUACACGCUAAUCUACGAACCAAAUAUCGGCGAUGGAUUUCGACGCCGCAGGGCCAAUAAUACUGAACGGGCGACGGACCCGCAAACGAUAAUUAAUUUCGAUCAAAUUGGUAACAGCCCGUCCGGUGUCCACUGUCCAGAGUUUCGGGGGCGGCCGUCCGGUAAUAGCGAUUAUCGUAAUACUUUCAACCGUCCGUCGUCGGAACUCUGUGAACAGUCGUCCGAGCUGCAGGUCGACGAUUGGGCGUCGACUUAUCGUAUUCCUUUGAGUUCGUCGUACGGGGACGUAGUUAAAAGAGGUGAAGCGAUGGUUCCGGCUACUGCGGGCUUACCGCCUGGAGUAGACCGCGGAGCGGUGGCGCCUGAUCAAAGGAACGAUAUAUGUAUCAAUAUACCGGUCGAUCUACCUGCUGCGGAAACGAAGGCGACGAUGGCGUAUAUCGAUGAUCAGUGGUCGUUUGGACGAAGCAUCAACAACAUGGUUAUUACUUAUUACCUGUUGAUAUUAAAACGGCGGAAUCGAUAACACCCCGACGAAAGAUUGGAAUUCAUGUUGUCAUUGUAGCAGAAUGAUGUUGCAGUUUAUCAGUUACAAUGGUCAUUAAUAUUAUUACGUAUAUAGUUGUACGAAUGUAUAUUAUGAUGGUCUGUACAGUGUCACUGUAUUGUUAUGUAAA